CUGUUAUGGCCCCAGCUCUGUGUUGUCUCAGUAUUGAUCUCUCAGUCUACGUAUACUUUAACAUUAAUUAAUUUGGAGCAGUACAUCUACCGAAACUGGCAGCUUGGCCAGAACCAGAACACCACCACAGGUGAGACCAGCUGGAGGUACUCAGGUGGGCAUAAAGCACCUCCCAGGGUGUCAGUAAGGGGGGAGUGUGCAAAUAGAGGCCUGGUGAGGCUCUGUGAGUGUGGUCUCAGCUGGGCAAGGCUGAGAGACCACGAGGCUGGGAGAUAUUCUGACCGUGCUGCUGCCUGAGGAUUGGUGGACUAUUGAGCUGAGAAAGCCGCACCUGAAACAAUGUGUGAACUGUGAUGUAUACUGCAGGUAAAGACUGGAUAAAAGUCUCCCAAGGUCCUCUAAUUCCAUCUCCUUCUUAUGAAAAAGAAAGUAAUCAGUCCCAACUUAGCAAUAAUAGAACCGGGCAUAUUCUGGUUGAGAUGUCUGCAAAUUCUGAAUAUGGGAAUGAUUUUGAAAAUAAUGCUAAUCUUUCUGUGUACAAUGAAAUUCAGAAAGAUGAACGGUCAUGUUCUGAAAGAGAGUACGCUUUUAAUGGGCUAUCAAGUGUUGCUGAAAAUCAGACAAAUGACACAGGAGAGAAGCCAUAUUCAUGUUCAGAAUGUGGAAAGUGUUUUUGUCAGAAAUCACAUCUUGUGAUACAUCAGAAAACUCACACAGGGGAGAAGCCAUUUUCAUGUUUAGAAUGUGGGAAAUGUUUUAUUCGGAAAUCACAUCUUGUUGAACAUCAGAAAACUCACACAGGGGAGAAGCCAUUUUCAUGUUUAGAAUGUGGGAAAUGUUUUAGUUGGAAAUCAAAUUUAGUUCAACAUCAGAAAACUCACAUAGGAGAGAAGCCAUUUUCAUGUUCGGAAUGUGGGAAAUGUUAUAGUGAUAAAUCAAGUCUUCUGAAACAUCAGAGAAUUCACACAGGAGUGAAGUCAUAUUCAUGUUCAGAAUGUGGGAAGUGUUUUCGUCUGAAAGGACAUCUUGUGAGACAUCAGAGAAUUCACACAGGAGAGAAGCAAUUUUCAUGUUUAGAAUGUGGGAAGUGUUUUAGUCGGAAAUCAAAUCUUGUUGAACAUCAGAAAACUCACACAGGAGAGAAGCCAUUUUCAUGUUCGGAAUGUGGGAAAUGUUUUAGUUACAAAUCAAAUCUUGUGCAACAUCAGAGAAUUCACACCGGGGUUAAUCCAUUUUCAUGCCCUGAAUGUGAAAAGUGUUUUAGUUUGAAAGCACAGCUUGAUAUACAUCUGAGAACUCACACAGGAGAGAAGCCAUAUUCGUGUUCUGAAUGUGAGAAAUGUUUUAGUAUUAAAUCACAUUUUGUGCAACAUCAAAGAAUUCACACAGGAGAGAAGCCAUAUUCGUGUCCUGAAUGUGAGAAAUGUUUUAGUCAGAAAUCAAAUCUUGUGAAACAUCAGAGAAUUCACACCGGGGUUAAGCCAUUUUCAUGCCCUGAAUGUGGGAAAUAUUUUAAUCAGAAAUCGGAUCUUGUGAAACAUCAGAAAAUUCACACCGGGGAGAAGCCAUUUCCAUGUCCUGAAUGUGGGAAAUAUUUUAAUCAGAAAUCGGAUCUUGUGAAACAUCUGAAAAUUCACACCGGGGAGAAGCCAUUUCCAUGUCCUGAAUGUGAAAAGUGUUUUAGUUCAAAAGCACAGCUUGAUAUACAUCUGAGAACUCACACAGGAGAGAAGCCAUAUUCGUGUCCUGAAUGUGAGAAAUGUUUUAGUCAGAAAUCAAAUCUUGUGCAACAUCAGAGAAUUCACACCGGGGUUAAGCCAUUUUCAUGCCCUGAAUGUGGGAAAUAUUUUAAUCAGAAAUCGGAUCUUGUGAAACAUCUGAAAAUUCACACCGGGGAGAAGCCAUUUCCAUGUCCUGAAUGUGAAAAGUGUUUUAGUUCGAAAGCACAGCUUGAUAUACAUCUGAGAACUCACACAUGAGAGAAGCCAUAUUCGUGUCCUGAAUGUGAGAAAUGUUUUAGUAUUAAAUCACAUUUUGUGCAACAUCAAAGAAUUCACACAGGAGAGAAGCCAUUUUCUUGACCCGAAUGUGGAAAGUGUUUUAGUGAGAAAUCAAAUCUUGUUCGACAUCAGAAAACUCACACAGGAGAGAAGCCUAUUUAAUAU